AUGUCUCAAUAUGAACCGUGGUACCUACGUCGAAGAUGUCCAAUAUUUUUUUAUCCAUGUGUACCUGUGUAUGUUGGCGUAUGGCCAGCAAGGAAAUGUGUAGUUAUCUUGAGUGCAAUACUGUUUGCAAUCGGUGUGAUGAUUUUACUUGGUUUAUUACUUACCUGUAUUGCUGUUGAAUGUUCUGCCAUUGCUGGUGCUUUAUUACCACUCGCUUUAUUAUUAAUUAUGUACCUUGUAACAAAUGAAGAAAAAAGCCCAAAUCCUGAUGAAAUAGCAUUGUUUGAGAGUGCCUAUAAAGAGCCAAUACCAGAGAUUAGGCAAGGUUACUGGCAAUUUGAAGAUAAAUUAGCAUGGCAAACUGUUGCUAAUCCAUAUCCAAUACAGCAUACAUUGAGAAAUACGGUUGAACGUCCGGAAUACUAA